GUGACUUGUUAAAAUUAUAAUAGGAUUUCGUCACGACAUUGUUCUAUGAUACGACGAAUAGCAACGAGAACAAAAAUAACUCAUGCGCAUURAACUUUGCCUAAUCUGCUAAUCAGUUAUCAUGAUCUAGAAUUUUACGUGAUGACAAGCCGGAGUGACUAUAGUCCACAAGACAAUUUGAAAACAUAACAUCUGCUAACAAACUACAGUGUUUAGAUUUUCUAUAAUUUUGUGGCAGUACCCUCUGGCGUCUACUCUUGAAGUCUUGAGUCUUGACGCCUGACAGUUUGGUAGUGUGGAGCAGUAAAUUUAAUUUCAAUUAUUUGGUCCCUUCAGUUGAAUUUUCAACAAUUUUUCCGUGCCGUAUAUUUGUAUUUUAGACGACAUAAAUUCGCUGUACGGUCAGUAUUCAGAAAAUUGUCCGACGAGACCAUGAUAAUCAUACUUGCGACUAGUAUACGCCGCCUGUGAUUAGUCACAACACCACUGUGUAUGAAUUAGGCAUUAUGUUUGGUAUCAAGAAGCUAAGAGAUAACAGCAGUGACGACCACGAGGAAUUUUGAGAAAACAYCAUUAUCAGUUUUGGUAAAGUUUAGUCAAACUAGAUGGUUGACAACUGCGAUUUUGGAGCUCCUUAUAGACAGUGUAGUUUUUACUGUCUUUACUAUAACGUAAUUUAUACAGAACCAGCCAACGAUUCUGGCUACAUUUUACACAGUGUAAAGAGUAAGAGCAGUAAGUUCUUAUGUGUCCAUAAGAUUGGCAAUUAAGGCAUUGCAGGAUUUCAUGGUGUUUGUAUGGUUCUUCCACUUCGACUAUUGUGUGUAGGAGUGAUUUAAUGUUGAAAAUGUUUUUGUUGGAAGGGUCAUGCUUGAAUCAUUAAAGAAAAUAUAGGAAGAAAAUAUUUUGUUUGAUGAUGCUCGUUAUUUGUGACCUGGUUAAGAAUCCAAUUUCUUCAGUUGCCGACAAAAUAUCUGAUACUAGAGUUGAGGAAUAUUUUAGGUUUUGAAUUUCAUUUUUUUAGUUUGUAUAUUAUAUAAUAUAAUAAUUUACGAUGGCUGAUAAUAUGAAAAUUAAACUGCCUCCAUUAUUGCUACAAGCAUUUUCUAUCAAUAUUAACAAAGCCAAAUGUAUGAAAUGCAAUAUUUCAUGUGAACCUAAAGAGGAAGAUAUUCUUUUCCAUCUGUCUGUAUGUAAUGGGACCCUUAUUGAAGAAAAUAUCCAAACAACAUUUAAAUUCAAUUGCCUGAUGUGUAAUUUUUCAAAUGAUAGUAUUGAUCAAUGGAAGUGUCAUUUGUUCAAACUUGAUCAUAUUUCCAAUAAUUUUGAUUCAAAUGAAAAACGAUUUUCGUAUAAUUGCAAUUCAUGUAAUACUCAUUUUUAUGGUUUUAGAGAUAGUAUACUAAAUCAUAAUUGCAAACCUCAAUUUAUUCCAUCAUUGUCUGAUGUAAUGGCCUUUGUUUAUGCAAAAUAUGAUAUUCAGGAUAAGCAGACCAUGCUUCACUAUUGUACAGAUUGCUCUUAUACCACUUAUGAUUUAACAAAAUUGCACAUUGAAGAACAUAGCAAAGUUUCCAAUAUUUCUGUAUGCAAUUCAUGCCUGAUAACAUUUUAUAGUUCUAGCAAUGAAGAAUUUUUAAACCACAAAUUUACAUUUGAACAUAUGAUUCUAUGGUGCUUAAACGGUGCUCGAAGUGUACCAAAAAUUUCAUCUGCAACAUCUCAAAAAUUGCCAUACUAUAUAACAAAAUAUUUUGUUAUUAGUUCGCUGUUAAAAAAAUUUUGUUGUAUUGUCUGCAAUACAAAAAACUCUCUUACAUAUGAAUGUAUAUAUGAUCAUUUUAACAACUGUAUUUCUUCUAAAGAAAUUUCUGAAGUUAACAAGUGCAUACCGUUGCUUAAAGUAAAUUGUAAUUUGUGCAAUUAUUCAUGUUUUGCAGUAGAUAAUAACUUGUACAAAUGUUGGGUGGACCAUGUUAUAAGUUUUAAUCAUUUAAGUAAAACAGUGGUUGGAAAAAAAGACAAACAGAAAUUGUUUUCAUAUUACUGCUAUGUAAGUGAAACUGUAUUUUAUGGAACAGAUUCUUUUAUUAAAAAUUUAAUUAUGAAAACAAAWAAUGAUAUUGAACGUCUGCUAUUUAUACCAGAUUUGAUGUCUAAAGUGUAUAAACGCAUCACAAAUACACAUUUCAGCUGUARUAUUUUAUUUUGUUGUGGAAUUUGUCAAAAUCAUACAGUCAACCAGUCAUUUAACUGUGUGCAUAAAAAUAAUGAUUUAAGUCUAUCAUUUUAUUGUUCCACUUGUUUAAUAGUAUUCAAUGUCGAAUCUGACUAUAACGAACAUCUUCUUAGUAGUGAGCAUAUUAUUUUGAAAUAUUUUAAGUCUAAUCAAUUAGGUGAGCUUAAAAUUCUUGAUUAUUCCAUGGAAACAAUGAAGAUGUAUUUAAUUAAUUUAAAUAUAAGUGACGAUGAUGAUGACAACCUUCAGGAGAUCUUAUGUCAGGAAAAUAAUGAGAURAAUGUAUCCACAGAAAACAUAACAUCCUGUGAUCUAGAAGACUAUGGUGAUGACAAAGAUAACCCUGAUGAGACCUUAUGUCAGGACAAUAAUGAGAUUAAUAAAUCCACAGAAAACAUAAAAUCAUUUAAUCCAGAAGAAAACAUUAUUAAAAGUUUAAUAGAAAAACUAUCUGCACAAUCAGUAAAAUCUGCUUUUAACAAUUACCUUAAAAAGAAUUUUGAUUUAUUAAUCCAAAAGCCGCUAGCAAAUAAUGACAUUAGUAAAGCAAUAGUGUUUGUYUGUGACAUUUGUAAUUUGGUUCUUAGUAACCAUGAUGAUUGGAUAAAACAUGACAUUAAGUUUCAUAGCAAAAAUAUGGACUUAAGAGUUUUAUUCUGUAAUAUUUGUCGCAUUUACCAUGUGAGUACUUACAAAAAUAUUGACCAUCAUUUAAUGACAAUGGAACAUAUAAUAAUGGAAGCAUUUCAAAAGUACCAAAAUAAAAAUGUAAUCAAACCAUCAAUAAAUAAUAUCAAUAGUUGUAAUAAAAACUCAAAUCCCACUAAUGAAGAUAAGGGUUCUGAUCCCAAUGUUGAAAUUAAACAAAUUGAAAAUUCAAAUAAAUAUAUAAAGAAUAAAACUAUUUAUAUAGAAAUUAAAAACGUAGCUAAUAAUUUAAAAAAAAACAACUAUUUUGCAUUGAACAAAAUAAUUCUAGAAAUGUAUGGAGAAUUCAAACAAGUCAAAAAUGUAAACAAUUCAUAUGUGAUUCUUUUCAAAAAUAAGGACCAAGUUAAAUGUAUACGUAGAGAUACAAAAAAAUUAAAAAACCAGUAUGGCUUUACAAUACAAGUUAUAAAAAAUGAUCAUACAGAAAAAGUAUUAUCAUUGGAAACAGUAGAUUUAUUUAAAGAUUGGGGCUUUUUGUGUGCCAAAAUUCUCCGUGAUUUAGAAAUGAUGAAUUCGACAUCAUCCAGUACAAAAAUACAAUCCCAAAUUCAACAAUUGUGUGACUCAAUAUGUAGCCUUCAAAUUGUAACAGAUCCAAAAAAGAUUCACAUUUUUGGUUCUCGAGUUUAUGGACUAGCAACAAACACAACUGAUAUAGAUAUAUAUUUGGAAACCGAUGGCUCGUUUGAUGGAGAAAUAGCAAAUGAUGAAGACGUUCAAAUAGAAUUGGUACAAAUAUUUGCUAAACGCUGUCUAUUGAAGCCCAAAGACUUUCAAAAUGUUGAAUCAAUCUGCCAUUGCCGUGUACCUAUUGUUACAUUUUAUCAUGUACCAUCAAAGCUCAUAUGUGAUGUAUCCUUUAAAAGUGGUCUUAGCAUAUAUAACACUAAACUAAUCAAAUUUUAUUUAUCGAUGGACACUACUGUGAAGUGGCUAGUUUGUGUCAUUGUGAAGAAUUGGGCUCUCCAAAAUGGUUUAAAGGACAAACAUUUGUUCAACAGCUAUUCCUUGAUAUGGUUGGUACUGUUUUACUUGAUGAACAAAAAAGUGAUUCCAUCAUUACCCGAACUCAGACAAAAUGCUACAAAAGAUGAUCAUAAAGUCAUUGAAGGAUGGGACUGUACGUUUGGAAAAUGCUUGUGCAAUAUCAGUGUUGAUAAACGGCCUAAACUGUUAAUGGGUUUUUUUCAAUACUAUGCCAAAAAAAGAACAUUUAAGGACAAUGUACUAUCUACUUGCACUGGUAAAUUAAUAAAAAAGCAUGUAUUUUUUGAAAGGUUCAGUCAAUUGUCUGAACUAAGUAAAAUACAGAGAAGACAGUUUAAAAACUUUCAAUCCAAAAUUGUUUCAAAUUUUGAAAAAAAUUACGGACUAGUUCUGCAGGAUCCAUUUAAUCUGUCGUUCAACCUAACGAGAAAUUUAGAUAGAAAAGAUUUUACAGACUUUUGUAAUCUGUGUCAUCAAAGUUCAAUUCUUUUAAUGAAUAUGAAAGGUUGCACUGUUUUCUAAUACUUGUAAUUGAUAACAAUAAACUUAAACAAAUUUUCUCAAAAAUACAUUUUUAUUUAUCUUACGAAAUUGCAUUUGGUAAUUAAUUAAUAAAUAUAUCUAUAUUUAGACAAAAAUAGAUUUCUGUCUGUCUGUCUCUCCUUUAUGCCUUCUUAAAUGGCUGGACUAAUAGGCCCGAAUAAUAYAAUUAUUAUCAAUAAAUAUUGUUCAA